UCUGUCGGUCCAACAUCCACCCAGUCUGCCUCUGCUCUUGUUGCUCUAUUCUCUCUCAUAGCUAGGCGACUGACGGAUUUGUGAUCCCCUACACCCAGUUCACAAACACCACCACGGCCCUCGUAUAGCACCUGUUUUCUUGUUUGAGCGUUGUGUUUCCAGCUUACCCGCCUCUUCCUCUUCCCCAACCAUCGGUCGUCCUCUCCACGAUUCAAUCCUCCUUAUACUUCAAUCUCAGCACCCCACCUACCAACCCACCCAUCUACUCACCGGCCAUGUCCUCCUCCUCAAGCAAAAAGAUCGAGCAAUGGGAAAUCAAUCGCUACUGGGAGAUCUUCUCAUCGCUUGUACCUCAACCAGCAGCGCCACACUCCCACCUCACCAACCAAGCCGCCGCAACGGUCCUGCGCAACUCGCAAUUAAGAGACGACCAACUCGAACGAGUAUGGGACCUUGCCGAUGUCGACGGCGAUGGAGAACUCGACUUUGAGGAAUUCUGUGUUGCCAUGCGCCUGAUUUUCGACCUCGUCAACGGUGAAUACCAGGAUGUGCCGACCUCGCUACCCGACUGGCUUGUUCCAGAGUCCAAGGCUCAUUUAGUCGCAGCGAAUCGCGCCCUUACAGGACAUCAGGCGGCGCAGUUUGAAAGAAUCGAAGACGACGAAGAGGAAGCUGGACUCAAGGACGGGUUUGAUUGGUAUAUGAAUCCCGGUGAUAAGAGGAAGUACGAGGAAAUAUACUCGGCAAACAAAGAUCGACGUGGGGAGAUUGGGUUUGAAAGUCUACAUACUCUCUACUCGAGUCUCGAUGUGCCGGAUACGGAUGUCCGCAGUGCGUGGAACUUGGUCAACACGAGUGGGAGAGAUACGAUUUCCAAGGAUGCGUGUAUUGCCUUCUUACAUAUCUUGAACUAUCGACAUGAAGGGUUUAGGAUCCCGCGGUCGGUGCCGCCAAGUUUGAGAUCGACAUUUGAAGGGAAUAAGAUCGAUUAUCAGAUCGAUAGUAUGAGGAACCGGGCGCAGAAAUACGAUGAAGAUACUACGUCGGGACGGAAGGCCAAGUUUGGAGAUGCCUACCUCAGUCGCAUUGGUGGAAAGGGCGGAUCCUCGUACCAGCCGAAAGGAACGGAUUUCUCUGAUGUGGUCGAGGACGAAGAUCUGGAAAAGGUACGGCUGUUGCGUGAGCUGCGCGAGCUCGAGGCAAAACACGAUGCAGCGACCGCGGCGGUGGAUAGGAGAAGGAAGCAGAGACUGGAGAAUGGUGGUUCAGGUGGGAGACAUAAUCGACCAGGCAAGACGAAUUGGGCUUUGGUCAAGCGAGAGGGACAGCAGUUACUCGAAUUCAAACAGCGGCAGUACGUUGACCUCAAUUCGGAAAAUGCAAACAAAUCAGGCUCAGACCUGAAGCGGCUGCGUGAGGAUUUGGCCUUGGUUGCCGAACAGGUCGAAGGGUUGGAAUCCCACCUUCGAAAGCGAGAGGCCGACUUGGAGAAUGUACGGAGAGAGAUUGAGGCGGAGAAGUCGGCUAGGUAGGGAGUGGAAGGGAAGUGAUGAUGAUUUUGCUCAAUAGGAUAAGCACUGGAAUGGUCACCACACCGAGGGGGGUUCCGUCACAAAUGCGUUUGUGCCAGGGCGGCCAUCUUGUUGUACCCUCAAAGAAAUAUAAUCAUAAGCCAGCGAUUUUUGAUUUGAAACA